UUCCGUUGUUGAUGUCUUUUACGUCAAGCAAGAGAGGUGUACCAUUUUUAAAGCAAUGACAGCCCGAAUUAUGUAUGUUUAGUAUUUUUUCAAAACUAUUUUAACUUUAUAUUCUUUUGUGUACUCGCUUUCCACACCCUGCGUCCAGUUGGUGGCGGUAGUGCAUGUUUAAGCUAGCUUGCCGCCCGCAAAGAGGGUAGAAGAAAACGAGAACCGUUUUAGCUAGUUCCCCACAAUUACUCAUUAUUUUAACAUUUCUUUAAAUGUUUAUUUUUUUUUCCAAAUCUAUUUUAACUGUAUAUUCUUUUGUGUACUCGCUUUUCACACCCUGUGUCCAGUUGGUGGCGGUAGUGCAUGUUUAAGCCAGCUUGUCGUCCGCAAAGAGAAUCGAAGAAGAACCGUUUUAGCUAGUUCCCCACAAUUACUCAUUAUUUUAACAUUUCUUUAAAUGUUUAAUCUGGAUAAUUUUUUGAAUGAACUGAACUCUCUCUGCAAUGUAAAUGCUCGUCAUCUUCCUGCCUUUUACCCAUGAUGCCGCUGGGUGCGUCUCUGCUUAUCUUCUGGAGCUUCCAGGGCUGACUUGGAUCCAAGGUUAGACGGGACUCCCUUUAGAAGUAAACCUGCAGGCAGAACGCCGCCCCGCCGUUGCUGCUCAUUGAUCAACAUUACAUCUGAAAGAGUGGCACAUGUGAUGAAGAAACAAAGAUGGUGGAUGAGAGGAGUCAAAGAGAAAGGAGUCGAUGCUUGAUGAGGAUUCCAAACAAGAUGGCGGCCUGUGCUCCCGUUCCAGCUAUUCGCCUGAGCCCACCAUCUGCACGGUGAUGUCCAGAGGAGUCUUUCAUGGAGGGAAAAAAAGUUGUAGUUUGAGUUUGUGGAUGAGGAAGCUGGUCUGCAGCAGCGCCAUGACGCAGCCUGACAAGCAAUCUUCCUGCAGCAGCACAGUUACACACGGUGAGGACCAGCAGCUAGCAUACGCACAUUUAAGUGAGAAGGGGGAGGAGGGGUCCUGAAGGAUGCAUCUAAUAGCGGAAAUGCAAUGUCAGUGUUGAAAAGGAGGAGGGGGUGUGGCGCCGACCAGCUUCCCAUUCACCAAAACAAUCAUCUCGCGUAUUCGCGCCAGAGAGACGUGCGGCGGAGCAGGUUCGGGGACCAGCCUACGGCACCCCUCCACCCCCAUCCCUCUCCUAGCGAUCCAGUCCCUUCUUGGGCUGUUCACGUCCGGAACCUGGACAGAUUACGCAGAUUUUGAAAGCCUGGAUGCCAAAAGCUGUGCCGUGGCCUGGGGAUCCUGGAUGAUGCACUAAUCAGGCUUUUCAAUCGAAGGAGCUUCAAGUUGAGGAUUUGGAUGUCUUCCUGUGAAAAAGAUGACGUCUGUCAGUGUAAGGGGGGCGUGAAGGCACCAUGAUCCACAGGGGGAGCUUGAAUGUCUGUCGAGUCUUAAGCGCUGUGGAGGAAUUUUGGCCCCACUCAUCUUUGCAGAAUUGUUGUCAUUCAGCCACAAUGGAGGCUUUUCCAGCAUGAAGCGCCACAGCAUCUCAAUAGGAUUCAGAACCUAAGAUGGUUUCAGUUAGAGGUCACCAACAGAUGGGUGGAAAUUCUCCUUCAGGAUUUCUUGGUAGACAGCAGAAUUCCAUUUAUCACAGCUGUGAGCCUCGUGCAGGCUGGUGAUGAGCAGUCACGGCAGCAGCAGCACCAGCAGCAGCGGUGGUGGUGGCCAGCAUGCCGAGACUCCUCCCCCUCGCCACAUGCCCGGGCCCAAGCUGCAGGUGCAGCGCUCCCUCUCAAGGGACACCAUCACUAUCCACUUCUCCGCUCUGGGGAAGGAGGAAGACGACGAAGAAGAGGACCUUUACGGAGUAGACACCGGAGGAGAACAGGAGCUUCAUGGUUCUGGAAGUUUAGAGGUUUCCAUGCCUUGUGGUCAGUCUGUGGCCGAGGGUCUGGAGGUGAAAGAGGAGCUGCUUUUUGAAUCUACUGCUGUGGAGACCAACGUUGGAGCUGCUGUGUUACAUGUUUCUUCUAGUGAUGGGACUCACACAAACGCUGCUUCUCCUGCCAUGACAAUCAUUCCCACCAGUCCCCACCUGAGCGCUACUCCUCCCACCAGCUCCUCCUGGCCUUCUGACCGUCCCUCAGCCAGUAUUCCAUCCACAACCUCCAGCUCUUACUCCCCUUGUAAGUCUGCAGGGCUUUCCUCCUCGAGACCUUUCCUCAGCCUGGUCAGGUCCUUGUCUAAUGACGUCGAGGCUCGAGAACCCGCCCCUCCGCCUACAACUGUUGCGCCGUCGCACGUACGCCACAGACACUUAAUGAAAUCUUUUGUCAAGUCUCUAUCUACAGACUCAAAGGCUGAGAACCAAGAAGUAUCUCCUCAGCAUGUUCAACAAGUACAGCAAUCCCAGCGGCCCCCUCCUCGAAACAUGCAGCUCUUCAAACAAUUCUCCCAGCCUCGUCUUUCCUCCACCCCCGUCAUAGCCGGUCAGAUUGGCGGAGAUUCCAAAACGGCCCCCUCCUCUCCCACCAUGUCCCCAGAUGGUCGGUCAUUCUUUAAGGUUCAAGAAGUAGAGGCCAAAAUAGAAGACACAAGGCGGCGGCUGUCAGAGGUGAUGUCGGACCCCUUGCAGCUCUUUAGUAAGAUCAUGGGGGAGGAAUCGGGCACGGGUGGCGUAGGAAGUGGGCCCCAUCGUGCCAGGUUGCUCUCCUCAAGCGCAUCGGAGCUAAGCGGCAUGACAGCGGUGAAUGGACACUCUGAAGGUAACAGCUACAGCAUCAAGGAGGAGGAGGGGGCAGAGGGCGACGAAGAUGAAGAAACCCCCACUGGCAAGGGUCCGGAUUCCGUCUUUUCCUCCUUUCCCUUACUGACACCAGCGCAAUCUCUCAGCCAGACGUCCACAUCCACCUUCCACAGGUCCCCAUCUCUCACUUUGGGUCGCUGCUCUAUGUCGGCGCUUGUAGCUCGUCAGGAAGACGAGGACUUCUGUGAACUUUACAGUGAAGACUUUGAUUUGUGUACUGACACGGAGACGCCAGACGGGGAUCACCUUGGAUCCCGGGGCCUCCACACUGGUAGCACUGGGUUGUGUAGUGAACUGGACAUGGAGGAUGAGGAGAAAGAAGAUGAGCAAGUGGAGACAGUGCCUUGGAUUGGCCUGGUCGCCCUGAUGCAGUUGGUGUACUGGUAUCUAGUCCUUCCACUGCCACCGUAUGUAUGUGCAGUGGUCCAUGGGGUUGCUGCUGGCUUUACGUUGGCCAUCCUGGUUCUUUGGCUCUCAGCUCCACGGCGCUCCUGCUUGGGAACAAGGAUGCAGAGACGCCACAUAGAGCCGUGGAAUGUGGCCCAGCUUGAUAUCAAGGAACCAGGAAUCUUUAAGGGCUGGAUGAACGAGAUUCACAGCUAUGACCCGGAGAUGUACCACGCCACCUUGACACACUCUGUUUACGUUCGCCUUGAGGGUUCCGUUCUGCGUCUGUCCAAGCCCAACCGCAACAUCUCCCGCCGUGCCACACACAACGAACCCAAACCUGACGUCACCUACAUCAGCCAGAAGAUCUACGACCUCACUGACAGCAAGAUCUGCCUGGUGCCACAGAGCCUCGCGAGAAAAAGAGUUUGGAACAAGAAGUACCCCAUCUGUAUCGAGCUGGCUAAGCAGGAGGACUUCAUGUCCAAGGCUCAGGGAGAGAAGUCUGAAAGUGUAGAGGACAAGUUACCAACACUGAGUGAGAAAGUAGAGCACGUGGACAAAACUGACAAAUGUGAAGUAUCCGCAGAGGAGCCAAAGAGGCCGACUUCAGGAGGAGGGGAUCUGACAAUCUACCUGUUUGGGAGGACUGGUCGGGAAAAGGAGGAGUGGUUCCGCAGAUUUCUGCUGGCGUCCCAAAUGAGGUCCGAGGGGCGAGGUGGCAGUCUGCCCAAGAGUGCCUUUCAGCCCUCCCAAAGCCACAGCAACCAGUCUGUUGCAGGCCAGGACGUCGACAGUGGCAGCAGCGGCCGAGGAAGCUCUGACGAGCUGUGCCAACCUCAGCUUCGCCACCGGGAGAGCUCCUCAGCUUCUUCCUGUGGAGCAAAGCAGAAGAUGCUCUUGGACUACAACCUCUACAUGGCCAAGUAUGUCAACCCUCAACCUGCACCCAGAAGCCCAACCACUGCUGACAGCCCUGGGCAGAGUCCUGAGAGAAGCCCCCAGACUACCAAAAAGAUGCACAGCAGUUCAGAAGAGACUACGGAACCAGAAGCCUGGGUCAACGCUUUCCUGGGAAGAAUAUUCUGGGACUUCCUGGGAGAGAAGUAUUGGGCCAAUGUGGUCUCCAAAAAGAUUCAAAUGAAGCUCAGUAAAAUCCGGCUGCCAUAUGUUAUGAAUGAGCUCACGCUGACAGAACUAGACAUGGGCUUUUCCAUUCCCAAGAUUCUCCGUGCCUCCAAACCCUCUGUGGACCACCAAGGUUUAUGGUUCGAUCUGGAGGUCUCCUACACGGGCUCCUUUCUCAUGACCCUGGAGACCAAGAUGAACCUGGCCCGUCUGGGGAAGGAGGGCGAGGGCCUCGGCGAGCACGGGAAGGAGUGGUCAAGGCCAAGGACUUAUUGUCUGGCAGACAGCGAUGAGGAGUCGUCGAGUGCUGGAUCUUCGGAUGAGGAGAAUGCUCCAGAACUUGUCAGCAGUGACAAAGCCGUUCUCCCUGGAGGGGAAGGCUAUGUGGGAGGCCACCGACCCAGCAAGAUUAUGCGUUUUGUGGACAAGAUCGCCAAGUCCAAGUACUUCCAGAAAGCCACAGAGACGGAGUUCAUUAAGAAGAAAAUGGAGGAGGUGUCCAACACGCCACUGCUGCUCACUGUGGAGGUGCAGGAGUGUCGAGGGACCCUGGCUGUCAACAUCCCACCGCCCCCUACUGACAGGAUAUGGUACGGCUUCCGCAGCCCACCUCACCUGGAACUGAAAGCACGGCCAAAACUCGGAGAGAGGGAGGUGACUCUGGUUCACGUGACGGAAUGGAUUGAGAAGAAACUGGACCAGGAGUUUCAGAAAAUAUUUGUCAUGCCAAACAUGGACGAUGUGUGGCUCCCCAUAAUGCACUCUGCCAUGGACACGCGUUCAAAUGCCAGCUCCAUUGCCAACUCAAACGAUGCCUUGAGGGGCCCAGAACCGGAGGAGUCUGAGGUCUUGUACAUGUGAAAGACAGCCUGGAGCGUCUUGUCUUUUCGCCAUGGCAAUAUAGGAAUAUCAGUACCGCACCUGAAGCUUCGCCAUCACUUGUGGCCAUGUUGGGGGCGUGUCUAGACUCUGUGUGGUAUGGCCCUUUGAAAAAUAGCCAUUUGGAUUUCAACAAUAGGAACCAUUCAACCUGUGAUGUACAGCGGCACCAAACAUUUGGAGUUGUACAAUGUAUAUUUUUGUGACCUUUCGCUAAAAGUGUGUUCGUCAGCAAACAUUUGAAAGAAAAAAAGAUUUGAGAAGUACCCCCAUGUCUCUGUAUGUACGCACGUGGAGAGCCUGUGCCUGGUACGUAUAUGCAAACGGUUCAACAAAGAUAGAAAAAGAGAGCAUGUUACCAACUGCAGGAUGUAGUACACACUUAGGCUUUCAACUGUAAUGCGUAAAAAGGUCUGAAAAUGUACGUGCGGACACAGCAGCUAAACCUUUCCGAAGUCUGAUGAAUGUAUUUCUAAGAGUCGCUCAUUCACUUGUGCUUCUCAGCAACUUAUCUUAUUCAAAAUCAUGUGUUGCUGUUAUCAAUGCAUUCUGGCCUAAUGGUGUCAGCUCAGUAAAUUACUGACUGUUUCCUACAGAGGGCGCACUUACAUGUGCAGUGCAGGUUUAUCAAGGAUGGAACACCUGCAGGGUGCACAUUUAUUUCAAUGGAAUAAGUCGAACAAACAUGCUGUUUUACUGGAUUUUAGCCAUUAUUUAUGUUAAUGCCGAUGCUUUUUGCGGAUGUUUCUGUACUGUAAGCCAAAAUGACAAAAGCAACAUCUUAAUUCAUGAAUCCAUCGCUUUACACGUGACUUAUGUUUUCGAUAUGUGUCGGUGAAGUGUACGAGGCAGAAAGUGCCUUUAUAGUAAGCAAACAUUCCUCCCGAGUGAACCACGACCAUUUGUUUUGCCACCAUUGAAGUGUGCCAUUACUGUCAUGAUAAAACAUUGCUGUUGUGUUCAGUGAUGCCAGAAUGUUAUGGUUCAGGUCAUUUGUGGAUCAAUAAAAAUCCUUUCU